UGGGGAAUACGUGGAUGAUUGGCAAAGGUUCAAAGAGGUUGGCUUGUUGGAUGAAGCAUCCAUGGAGAGGAAAGACCGCGAGGCGCUCAUGGAGAAGAUCCUGAAGCUCGAGAAAGAGCUCUUUGAUUACCAGCAUAAUAUGGGGCUUCUGCUCAUUGAGAAGAAGAAGUGGACUACAUCAAAUGAAGAGUUAAAGCAAACGCUAGAUGAAGCUGAGGAGAUUCUUAAACGGGAAAGGACGGCAAAUUUUAUUGCUUUGUCUGAAGCCGAGCAGAGAGAGGAAAAUCUUAGGACAGCUUUGAUUGUUGAAAAGGAAUCUGUUUCCGAGCUUGAGAGGGCUGUGAAAUAUCUGCAACAAGAACAUUCUGAGGCGAAGACCACUUCUGAAUCGAAGUUGGCAGAAGCAAAUGCUUUGGUUGCUGGCAUUGAGAAGAAAUCUUUAGAGGUGGAAAGAAAGAGACUAAUGGCUGAAGAAAAGCUUGCAGAGGUUGGUAGGAAGUCUUCUGAGCUGGAGAUGAAACUAAAGGAGGUGGAAACCCGCGAAAAGGUGCUUCAAAGGGAGCAACUUUCGUUGGUGACGGAGCGGGAAGCACAUGAAGCAACGUUCUACAAGCAGAGAGAAGACCUGCAGGAAUGGGAGAAGAAAUUGACUGAGGAGGAAGAGAGGCUGUGUGAAGUUAAAAGAAGUAUUAACCAAAGAGAGGAAAAAGCCAUCGAACGUGAAAGAAUUGCAAAGCAGAAAGAGCAGGGCCUUGAAGAGUUGCAGCGGAGGAUUGAUAUUGCCAACUCAAAGUUAAAAGAGAGAGAGGAGCAUACAAACAAUCUACUAGCUGAAAUUGAUUCAAAGGAAAAAGACAUUGAGGCCAGGAGCAGUAUGCUUCAGAUGAAGGAGAGGGAGUUACACCAAUUGGAAGAGAAACUUAUUGAAAGGGAGCAGAUGGAGAUUGGGAAGCUGCUUGAUGAUCAGAGGGCUGCACUAGAUUCCAAGAGGAAGGAGUUUGAAAUGGAGCUUGAACAGAAGAGGAAAUCUCUUGAUGAGGAACUCAAAAGAAGCCAAGAUAAAGUUGAAGAAGAGCAAGUUGAGAUCAGCCACAAGGAAGAGAAAUUGGCUAAGAGAGAGUCAGCUUUGGACAAAAAGGCGGAAAGAGUGAAGGCGAAGGAGAAGGAUCUUGAAGCAAGACUGAAAGCUGUGAAGGAGAAAGAAAAGUCCUUAAAAGCAGAGCAGAAAAAGUUCCAGAUGGAAAAAGAGCAAUUGCUCGAGGACAAGGAAAGUCUAUGUAAAUUGAAAGACGAGAUUGAAGGGAUUGGAUCUGAGACUGCUAAACAAGAGUCAAGAAUUAGGGAUGAACAUGAUAGUCUUAGGGUUACAAAAGAAGAGAGAUUAGAGAUUUCAAGGCUGCGGUCUGUACUAAAGCAGCAGAUAGAGAAAUGCAAGCAAGAAGAGGAGUUGCUUUCAAAGGAACGUGAAGAACUGAAACAAGAAAAGGAGAGAUUUGAGAAAGAGUGGGGAAUCUUGGAUGAAAAGAAGAUUGACAUUGCCAGAGAAGAAAAGGAAAUUGCCGAUGAAAAGGAGAGACUUAAACAUUUGCAGCUCUCACAAGAAGAUAGGUUGAAACAAGAAGAGAUCACAUCAAGAGACUAUUUGAAGAGGGAGUUUGAUGGUGUUAAGAUGCAAAAAGAAUCAUUGGAAGCCACCAUGGAGAUAAAUAAACAAGCUUUGUAUGAAAAUGCCAAAAAUGGAACAAACCAGAUGCUUCAAGAUCUUGAGAAACAGAGGAGGAAUCUCGUCACAGAGCUGCAGAGGCGAGAGGAAGAAAGUGAUAGAGGUUUUGAGGAAAGGGUGAUGGAAUUUGAGAAAAGAAGCCAAGAAGAACUUGAUAAAAUUGGCCAUUUAAAGAAGUUGACUCAGAGUGAGAUGGAAGAAGUGCAAUACGAGAAGCAUGCUCUGCAAAAGGACAGAGAGGAAAUAGCCAUCCAAAAGAAGAAGUUGAAAGGACAACAAAUUGAGAUUGGCCAUGACAUCAACGAGCUAGGUGUACUUAGUGGCAGAUUGAAGGAGCAACGAGAAGAAUUGGUCCGUGCAAGAGAAUGCUUUCUGGUAUUUGUGGAGAGGUUCAAAGGCUGCAGUAACUGUGGGGAAAUGAUCAAAGAGUUUGUUUUGUCUGAUCUUCAAAUAACCGAUAUAUCAGAAGGAGAUAUACUUCUCCUUCCAAGAGACAACAAGAUGGUAAAAGCCCAACAUGUUGACAAUAUUUCUCCCGACUCUGGAAACAUCAAGAACGGUUCUUGGCUUCGGAAAUUUGCAUCCAAGGUGUUAAGCAUAUCCCCGAUCAAAAAAGGGGAUCAAGUCACUGAUCAGGGUAUUGGUGAGAAGCUUCCAGAAUCUGUACAGGCUGACGAUAUUCCUGAUGCAGAGGCAGGCAACGAUCCUGAACCAUCUGCCACUGAACAGAGUUACACAGACAGUAGAAUUCAAGAAGCUCCUGAAGAAUCCCUUCAGUCAGACAUGAAGAGUGAUAAACCUAGACGCGGUAGAGGUAGAAAAAAGCCCGUGAGAGGUAGAAUGCAAUCAGUAAAAGCUGCUUCUAUAGAUCCCAAGCCCUCACAGGAAGAAACUCCAAGGAAGAGACAGCGAGAACAGGCUUCUAAAAUUACAGAAGCUGAACAAGAAGCCGGUGAUAGUGACGAGGGUGUAGACAGUGUCAAAGCUGGUGGACGUAGGAAGAGGAGACAGACGGCUGCACCAGUCGGGCAAACCCCGGGGCAGAGCCGGUACCACCUCAGAAGACAUAGAACUGUAGGAGUAGAGAAAGAUAGUGCACAAGCAUCAACAGACCCUGGCCCUUCAGCUGCCAUGGAAAAACAAGAUGUUUCUGAUGGUGGUACCAAAGCCAUACUGAGUCCUGAGGAUGCUCCUAUUCUACCGAAAAGUGAUCACGGUAAAAACAGCAACCACAAAGAAGUACUGGAAGUGAUAACACAGGAGAGGAUCGUUAGGGUUGAGAAGUACACGAACGUCAAGGACGACGACACAGGAGACGGGCCAGCGGAAAAUCUGGAGAUGGAAGCAGGAGGGAGCGAGCAAGAUGAUGAGAAUGUCAGCAUGAUUGAGGAGGAUGAAGAAGAAGAAGAGGAAGAGACAGAGCACCCAGGUGAAGCUUCCAUAGGGAAGAAGAUAUGGACUUUCUUCACCACCUGAUUUCUCAGACUAGAAAGGAUGCAAUCCCACAUCAUGGACCAUGACAUGAUAAUGUAAAACCUGACUUACGGUUUUCUUCUCUAUCUUCCUCCCGGGACUAAAAGGGAAGGAAUCUUUAAAAGAGUGGAAGAUUGUUCAAUGAGAGAAUGAAGGAUUUUGUUGUAGUAUUUUCAGAAAGUCAAGAUCUUUAGUAUUGUAAUCAAAUCUAGAAGCAGUUUUUUUUGUCUUUUUA